UUGUCAGUCAAAACUGUCUUCUCGUAGUAAUGUUGCAGCAUCAGCGAGAUGUGAGAAUCAAUCUGUUCGCUGUUCUUCAAAUUCAAGGCCCUGGCAUGACAGUCACAUCGCGUUUAUUCAACUAGAAAUUCUUACCAAUGGAUGCUGGUGGGCGUGUUUAUCACAGGUGUCACUCAAACCGCCGUAUCCAAUCCGAAUCCCAAUCUGGCUUUGUAAUUUACGUUUUUCUUACGCCCCCUUCCACGUCGACUUGCCCUAUCGCCAUAUUUCAACUCGUUGCAUCAAAAAAGGGAUAGUGAAGCCGGUUAAAUAAGUUAGAUAAAAAGCUAGUUUAAACCAGGAAAAAGUUAACAGGAGACUUUAAGUCAUUUUCACCGGUGUCAAAAGAAGGCAUCAGCUCUAGCAAUGAACAUCUUCAGGUUAACGGGAGACCUCUCUCACUUGGCAGCUAUCAUCAUUCUCCUGCUCAAAAUAUGGAAAACCAGGUCAUGUGCUGGUAUCUCUGGGAAGAGCCAGAUCCUGUUUGCUUUGGUCUUCACUACUCGUUACCUGGACCUCCUCACCUCCUUCAUUUCCCUCUACAACACCACCAUGAAGGUGAUCUACAUUGGUUGUGCCUACGCCACUGUCUACCUGAUCUACAUGAAGUUCAAGGCCACCUAUGAUGGGAACCAUGACAGCUUCCGAAUGGAAUUCCUGGUGGUUCCUGUAGGGGGCCUCGCGUGCCUGGUCAACCAUGACUUCUCUUUCCUAGAGAUCCUGUGGACAUUCUCCAUCUACCUGGAGUCGGUGGCCAUCCUGCCCCAGCUCUUCAUGAUCAGUAAGACGGGCGAGGCGGAGACCAUCACCACCCACUACCUGUUUUUCCUGGGUCUCUACCGGGCCCUGUACCUCUUCAACUGGAUCUGGCGCUUUUACUUCGAGGGUUUCUUCGACAUGAUCGCCAUUGUGGCCGGCAUGGUGCAGACUAUCCUCUACUGCGACUUCUUCUACCUUUAUGUCACCAAAGUGCUGAAAGGAAAGAAGCUGAGCCUGCCAGCAUGAGAGGUUCAGACGGAGACCCCGUGUCUUCCAGCAGACUCAGGGUGCGUGGAGAUGACAUCACGGAACCCCGCCGAGCAAGAUGUCUGAGAGACAGAGCGACUCAAGGGGGAAAACACUAGUCUUCUUCAUGAAUAACUUUGAACUGGUAAACAACAAAUGGCUCAAACUGAAUGAGAGGUCAUCCCAGGUCUUCACGCAGUCAUCAGAUAUCUAUUUUUAGCAUAUUGCCUUACCUUUUCUCAUUGCUGUUCAAAAAAUAGACAUGUGAGGUGUGCUCUUUGAUGGCUCAAUAUGCAUUGUAUUGAUUAGGGUUGACUCAAUACAAAGUACCAUGCCAAACUUCAAAAUGAAAUAUAAAAAUGUAGUCUUUAUGAUUAAGAUGGAAACGAUGUGUCAAGGAGUAUUAAUGUAAUGAUUUUAUGUCUUGCUAUUUUUUCAUACAUUGUUUUUGCAUGACUGUACCCCAUUGGCCAAUUUAUUAUUCACAACUACAUUUACUUGUGUUUUGUAGGUGCUCUUUCAUUUGGAUAUCCCAGUUUGCACUCCUCUCUUGAAAAAGUUAUCCUGCAAAGCCCACUUCUGGGUUCUUGUGUUUAUAUAACCCUUUGCCCAAUAUAUAUAUAUUUUUCCAGUUGCCCUUUUUGACAUUUUUGGUAAAAUUCCCUUCAAUCCAGUUGACCCAUUGAAAUAUACAUGAUAUUCUAGAACGGUGUUCAGGAGGAAUGCGUGUGAGAUAUGGUGUUUGGUAUAAAUGCAUUUGAGUUAAAUGUUGAGAUUUGACCCAUUUUCCCAGCUAAGUAAACCCCCAUAGUCUUUUCAUUUGUCAUUCCUAUAGCUUCUUUUGUUUUAAGUUGCAUGAUCACUGUGAUACAACUUCGCCUCCAAUAAACUUUUUAUGAAAAAGCA